AAGGUACAAGUUACAACUAACAACACAAAGACCAUAAUAUUUUCGUAAAUAAAGUAUGUUUGUGUGUGUACACACUACACAGUAGUCUGUAGUCUGUACGGCUUUUGCUUUUGUGCUCGAAUCGUAAAGUGACGGGACGUACAUUUUGUUUAAUUGAUGUGUUAAAUAAGAAUUUUUGUGAUUUAUUGUGUUCUUCUCAAAAAACUUCACAAAAUACCACCGCGAUCUACUUUACCCUUAAUUCAGUUGAAUCGAUCAAGGCUUAGUGCAAUAUUCGAAGUUAAUUUCGUGCGUUUUCUGGAAAGCCAUGGCCAAUAAGUGGUGAAUAGAGACUGUUGCUGUAAUUAACCAGUGAAUUCGUGUUAACCGGGUUGUUUUAAUGUUAUUAAGUGAUUUUUGACUCAGAAAUAAUGUGCAAGUAUAGGUAUUCAUCAUAACCUCAAUACGAGGUCUCGUCAUAAUUUCGAACGAUUCGAGGCUGCGGGCAGAACUUUGAAAAGAGUUAGAAUUUCCUGUUAUAUAUGAUUCAACGCGAGUAUCAAAUGAACAACGGGUUCAGUACAGGGGAGGAAGAUUCCAGGGGGAAUUCAGACCAAAUAUGUUGCCUUGUGGAUGACGGCGAUCGCUGCAGGCGACCUGCUGGCAACGCUUCAUACAGCAAGCGCAUCCAAAAAACAGUCGCUCAAAGGAGGCUUAAACUCAACAUAGAUCCGCAGGCUAGGCACACAUAUAUUUGUGAUCAUCACAAAUCUAUGAUUCAGUGCGCUAGGACAAAACAAAGGCGGAAUAAAGAUUCAGAGGACGACAGUAACGAAGCUGAAAUGGAUUCUCCAGAAAUAGAUUGGUUCCAGUUGCAAGUUAACACUUUGAGGCGCUACAAAAGACAUUACAAAGUACAGACGAGGCCGGGGCUCAACAAAGCACAGUUGGCAGAUGCAGUGCAGAAACACUUCAAGUCUUUACCAGUCAACGAGAAGGAGAUUAUGACAUACUUUAUUUAUAUGGUCAAGACAAAUGGAAACAAACUAGAUCAGAAAAAUGGAAUUAACUCGGACUCAGUGUAGUGAUGUAAAUGGAUUAAUUUAUGAUUAGGAUAAAUAUUAGAUAUAAAAUAAUAUACAUUAAUUAUUUUCUAAUGUAAUAUUUGUUAGGGGUUGGAACUCCUUGUGCAGUUAACUAAACUAUUCAAGGUCUACUAUCUUUGUCUUCAUCAUUUUCAAUAUGCCAGACAAAAGACGGGCAGACUUUUUACAGUAAUUUACUAUGUAAAUGUUUUUAAUAGUAACAAGAUAGAUAUUCGUUUGGUCAAGCAUACACAUAAAACUGGUCAUGCACAAGCUGUCAAUGAAUCCAAAUGGCAUGUUUGCAAAGUGAUUAUGGUAUGGUAUGUAAAUAAUUUUAAUGCAUUUAUGUCCAUUGAAUAUAAGCAAUUUACUUUAUUUGGAGUAUGAAAAUAAGGACAUCUUGUGUAUGGUCAGUUUUAAAUUUAAAUGUCAAAACUGAUUCUUAACUCUUAAACUAAACUGCACAUGUAUUCUAAAAAAUCCAGCUUAGCUCCUUAUUUAAUCCAGUUGGUUUCCUGUGAAACUAACUUAUUCUGAAAUAGUAAACGAACAAGUAGGAAUAAUAUCUUGUUAUAUACUGGACUGGUUCAAAAGAGGAAUAAAGCAUGUUGCAUUAAAACUGUGGAAUUCUGGUACUGCUUGCAAUGAGACUGAUGCCUCAAUUUUCUGGUAUUUGUGGACAUAAAGAAGAUAUAAUCUUUUGAAAUAAGUUACU